CGUCAUCGCAGUCCAUCUCGAACCGCGAAGCCGCGAGUAUAUGACAAUAUACACCGUCGUCGAGCGCGUGAAUUGUCCUCAUUUUUCGUUGUAUAAUUCAUAUACAUUAGACUCGUGCGUGCAUUUGAUGUGCAUGCGAGAAUUGGCAAACUUUUCAACGUAUUGUUCCAAGGAUCAUGCAAAAGAAUAACAUAGAAAAAUCAUACAUAAGUGUUCAGUAAAGGAACGAAUAAAAAGCUCUUAAAAUAACAAAAUCGAAUCAUCAAUUGGACAUUUACCGAGUAGCAAGGAUUCACGAUGAAGCUUGAAGGGAAUAGUUCACAUGAAGAUGAUGGCAAUGGAAUCUUAUUGCAAUCUAGGAAAAACUCGGCGGUCAGACUGCAGAUCGUGCCAGCCAAGCCUAAAACUAUUACCCACUUGCCCAAACGGCCACCUGUUGAUCUUGCGUUCUCCGACCUCACGUAUAAAGUGCGAGAAGGACGAAAGAGCAAUGUCAAAACUAUUCUCAAAUCCGUCAGCGGAAGGUUAAGAUCUGGAGAGUUGACGGCAAUUAUGGGUCCAUCUGGAGCUGGCAAAUCAACACUGCUCAAUAUUCUCACAGGAUACAAAACGACUGGCAUGGAGGGUAGCAUUACUAUGAAUGGUCAUGAAAGGAAUUUAAGUGCCUUCAGAAAAUUAUCUUGCUACAUCAUGCAGGAUAAUCAACUUCACGGAAAUCUAACCGUUCAGGAAGCUAUGAAAGUUGCUGCUAACUUGAAACUGGGUAGGCACGUCAGCAUCGUCGAAAAAGAUAUGUUGAUUGAAGAAAUUUUCGAGACUCUCGGGCUUGCUGAACAUCGGAAAACCAUGACCUCAAAUUUGAGCGGUGGCCAAAAGAAACGACUUUCUAUUGCUCUCGAACUUGUCAACAAUCCGCCCAUCAUGUUCUUUGACGAACCAACGAGUGGUUUGGAUUCGUCGUCGUGCUUCCAGUGUAUUUCAUUACUGAAGAAUUUGGCCCGUGGUGGUCGUACUAUUAUUUGUACAAUUCAUCAACCAAGUGCUCGGCUUUUUGAAAUGUUCGAUGCACUGUACACUCUAGCCGAAGGCCAGUGUGUUUAUCAAGGAUCAACCUCUCAACUCGUGCCUUUUCUCAGCUCGCUCGGCCUUAACUGCCCUAGCUAUCACAAUCCUGCCUCUUUCAUAAUUGAGGUGUCGUGUGGUGAAUACGGAGAUAACAUCAAUACCCUCGUGAACGCAAUCAGAAACGGCAAGCAUGAUAUACGCGAGGGCUACCCAUUCCCAGAGAAAGAAUUACUGAACAAUUCAAGCAAUAAAGAUUCCGAAAUGCCUUCAGCUGAUGUUGUUAAUCCCAAAGACAAAAACGAUGCUAACAGCAUUGAAGACAAGUUUAGUGACAGCAAGCUCGACGAGAAACUCAAUGGUGGCAUCAAUCUCAAUUAUAGCUUCAGGAACGAUAUUAUCAAGAACAGCGAAGUUGCUAUUGUCGUCGAUAAGGACAAAAAAGACAAUGUCACAACUUCUUUGCUCGACGAAACCUUGAUAACGACUCCCGAGAGAUAUCCUACGUCCGAGAUCGUUCAGUUCUGGAUUGUGCUCAAGCGAACGCUACUUUUUAGUAGACGAGAUUGGACACUCAUGUAUCUACGUCUUUUCGCUCAUAUCUUAGUCGGAUUUCUAAUUGGAGCUUUAUACUAUGAUAUUGGUGACGAUGGUUCUAAAGUACUUAGUAAUCUUGGAUUCUUGUUCUUCAACAUGUUGUUCCUAAUGUACACUUCUAUGACUAUUACUAUUUUAUCAUUCCCUCUGGAAAUGCCAGUUUUAUUAAAAGAAAAUUUUAAUAGAUGGUAUUCCCUGAAAUCCUACUAUUUGGCGAUUACAGUGUCUGAUAUACCGUUUCAGGCAAUCUUUUGUAUUAUUUACGUGACAAUUGUCUAUUUCUUGACAAGUCAACCACCUGAGCUCUUUCGGUUCAGUAUGUUCUUAGGAACAUGCCUUUUGAUAUCUUUUGUAGCUCAAUCCGUAGGUUUAGUGGUCGGGGCAGCUAUGAACGUCCAAAAUGGCGUUUUCUUAGCUCCCGUGAUGUCAGUGCCUUUCUUGCUAUUCUCCGGCUUCUUUGUCAGCUUUGAUGCCAUACCAGUAUACCUAAGAUGGAUCACUUACCUCAGUUAUAUUCGCUAUGGCUUCGAGGGAACUGCUCUAGCUACUUACUCCUUUGGCCGCAAAAAGCUCAAGUGUUUUGCAGAAUAUUGCCACUUCAAAAAACCACUAGAAACUCUUGAGGAGCUUGAUAUGAAGGAUGCUGACUUUACACUUGACGUUCUCGCUCUUUUACUGAUCUUUCUCGUACUCCGAAUUGCUGCUUACUUAUUUCUUCGCUGGAAGCUCAAGUCAUCGCGAUAAAUUAUAAAUUAAUAAUAUUUUCUAACAAUAUAAUAUUAUUAUCGUGUUUUUUAUUUAAAAUUUCGCGCUACUCACAGCAUUUUAACUGAAUUUGAUACGUACUUUUAUCAAAUAUGUAGCAUUAAUAUGCGCUUUUUUCUUCAUUUUUAAUAGAAAAAAAAAUUUUUUAAUACAAUGACAAGACGAAAAUAUUUCAUAAUUUUAACGAUAUUGCAAUGCGAACAUUAGUUUUAUAGUUUACGGUUUUGUUACUCUCUACAUAACGCUGUAAAAACAUGAUCAUAGAAGAAAUGUAGUUUAAUAUACUCGAAAAAUUGUGAGCAACUUCAAUCGUGUAAAUUAUUUAUAUAUCUGCUUUUACACGUAAUGUUUAGUCCUUAACUAUUAUUCAGGGUAAAUUUAUUCUUCUUUUUACUCUAUAUAUAUUAUUUUAUACAAUUAACAAUAUUUCUUUAAUAGAAUAUUGACUAAAUGACGGAGAAGAUAAAAAAAUAAUGUUUUUUAUAACCAUUCUUUUAAUUUUUGGUUUGCUUCUAGAAAUAUUAAAAUAAUUUUUCGAAAUUGUAUACACAUUCCAAAAUAGGCACAUAUAUUUUCGCUUCCGAUAAAUGAAAUCAAGCGUAAUUUUAUAUCCUUAAAUGGCUGUGAGUACGUGAAAUUAAGAUGGAACAAAUUAAAAGUUGUAUAAUUAUGAUGUGAUUAUUGUAAAGCAACAUUGGUUAUAGCACGAAACUUUUGUCAGGAUUAAUUGUAAAAAAAGUGGAAACAUAUAUUAACAAUGUUAUUGUGCAAGAGAAAAACAUUUAUCUACAAACAGAACUAUCGUUUUAUGUAUUUUGGUAAAUGAGAAAUAGGCGUUUAUCAAUGAUAUUAUAUAGUUAAUUUAUAAAGGAAAAAGUUAUAUUAAAUUAAUGUAGAAAAAAAAUAAAAUAAUAUUCCUUAUGUUAAAACUUAAAUAGCAAGUUCGGAAAUUGAACAAAUGUAAUAUAAAUUUUGUUGACUAUGCGGAGGCCUUCACCCUUUUAUCAAUACUAGUGUAAGAUCAUUCUUGAUCAAAUCGAAAAUUGCAGGACAUUUGUAAUAGAUUUUUAACAAUAUUUGUUAUACGAAUAAAGUACGAUUUUCAUAAAUGUAAAAUAUUAUUUCAGGUCACGUCCGUAGAAGUUUUUCAAGUAUUUAUCUGAUCCAAUAAUGACAACGAAAAUCAUCAAUAAAAAAAUAUUUGAGAAAUAAAUACCAUUAAACAUCUUAACAAUGACUAUAAAAUUUAAGCAAUAACUUUAUAAAAUAUGAAUAUGAAUUACCUUACUUUCAAUUCAAGAUUAAAUUUCAAUAACACGUUUUAAAAAUUCGUCAAAAAUCUUUUACUAACUUUAGAAAAUUUGUUGCUGAACGUUGUAGUAAGCAUGUAAUAACGUUACGCGUUUCGUUGUUUUUGUUUUAUAAUUUGAUUGAAAAUUGUAAGAGCUUGUGUUUAGUACUAUUAGCAUAAUUUUGUAGUUCGAAAGAAAAUUUGAGGCACGCUAAAAGUGCUACAUAUUUUACAAAACUAAAUGGCUGAUUGAUCCUUUUACAUUAUAAAAUACUAUAACGAAUAUACUUAAAUAACGUGUAUAAAAGAA